UGUUCACCGGUCGUGUGUAACCGUCUCGGCCGCUCGCCACUCAGGACAGAAGGUUCAGCAGGCGGGCGCGUCGCUUCAUCGCCGGGCAGCUGAACAAAAGCAAGCAGCGCUCACAUGACGCUCGUUCCUAAUCCAGUGACUGCAUGUGGGGCUCGCAGUCCACGGGUGAUGACAUCUGAUCGUGGUAAAUACUUCGGCCCGCAGAGCAAGCCUCGGUACUUCUGGUCCGACACGGCGGGACAUUUGACAGUCCUGACGCGCCGCACGCUUCUUCUUCCACAGUUUGUCUUUGCGUUUUUGUGUGAUACCCUUUGUUUCUUGCAGUCAUGGCGGACGCAUCUUGCGGGCCGUCAAACGCUCUGCAGAAUUUCCAGAAACACAGCUCCGUUGAUCGGACCCUGCAGCAAGACCGUCUCGUCGGCCGCCAGUCUCCAGCGCAGGGCUUCAGAUCGUCCCCAGGCCCAAAUGCUGGUGUCGAUUCUGAGUUUGAUGCCUUCCAGCAAGGUCGCCCCGGUCCGCCGCAGCCAGACUUCCAGCACUUCCCCCAGCAGUUCGCGACGCCUCCGCCGCAAUUUGCACAUGCCCAGCAGGCGCCGGACUGGGCUUCGGACUUCCAACGUUUGAAUAUCACGGGUCAGCCUGCGCCUACCCUGCAGUUGCGGCCUCAGGCAGGGAAUGCGGCGUCCGCAUGGCAUCAGGACUUUAUGAGGCAGCAGAGUCCAGCUGCUCCAGCACAGCAGCAGAACGCGUUCGGUGGCAUGCAGAACUACGGUAUAAGCGGGUUCGCGGGGCCUUCGUACAUGCAGAACAGCUUCCAGCCCAGCGCGCAAUUGUCGCAAGUAGCCCAAGGCAAGCAGACAGCGCAGGGACCGGCAUUCGACGAAGCCGCUUUCGAGCAGGCGUUUGCGCAGGCGCAACAAGACGCCUUCGAGUCGGCAGAGGCGGAGGCAGCAGCAGAAGCACAGCGAGCGCAGUCUCGAGCAAUGAACCCCGAGGUCAUGGGCGAGUUCACCCGGACAAGUGAGGAUCCUCUUCUUAUACGGAUACGGGAAACACGGCCAGCCGUCUACUCGGCCAUCCAGGUCUGGAGCGAGAUGGGCCUCGGCCGCACCGAAGAGGCCGUGUCGUACCUCGACAAUAUGGGCAUUUUGGAGAGGAGCGGUGAUCUGGUACAGGAUGCGAACGAAGCGAGGUGGAUUGUCGACUCGUUGCAACGGAUCGUGGACCGCGGAGCUCCACAGGAAGUCAGGACACGUGCGGAUGGUCUGAUCGCGGCCAUCAACCAGAGGAUCAUGUCACAUUACCCGCUGGGCGCUCGAGUACCCAUGAGUCAAGAGCCGAUCUGGCAGGAGCUGGACGAUGCGGGAUACAUGAAGACGCCGCACAACGAAACGACAGAGCAAGAGCCCAAGCAGCAGCAGGAGCAGCCAAAGAUGAACGACGACGAUGAGAUGGCAGCCACCGCAGGCCACUUGCUGGAGAGAGUAGCAGACAACACGAGCGAGAAGUUCCAGAACUCGCAAUUCCUCGAGCUCAUGCGCCGACUUCGCGACCGAGAAGUCCGCGUCGAAGGCGACAAGAUGGUUGAAAUCAACGGCAGCCAAACCUCCGCACCAUCUACGACUCAGCAUGGCGCCGGUCCAGCAGACAUAACAACCCAGAUCCCCGGCAUCGACCCGAACAUCCUCAACCACGCAGCCAACGACUUCGAGCUGCCGUCCUACUACGAAACGUACGAGACCUCUCCUGAAAAGUCUCCUGUCACGGGCGAGUCGUUGAUGACUGACGUGUUCUCCGCACAGUUUUCAACUUCCAACGUCAACUCGUCCUACCACCGAUGAACGUUUCUUUGAGAGUCGGAAGAU